AUGGGUCGCGCGAAGCUGAAAUUGCAGUUCAUUGAGAACAAGAAAUCUCGCCUCCUAACUUUCAAGAAGAGAAAGGAAGCGUUAAAGAAGAAAGUCGAGCAACUCACCACUCUCUGCGACGUCCCCGCCUGCAUGAUCAUCCGCGACCCCACCACCAACUCCACCUUCAUCUGGCCGGAUGACUCCGCCCAAAUCCGCCGCCUCAUCGGCUCCUACAAGGCUGAUCCCGGCGCCGUUAAGGCUUUCGGGGUCUCCGAUUUCUUCAACCAGCGCCAGGGGAAUGCAUUGGAGAAGAAUGCGGAGGCCGAAUCCGGCACCUGGGACGAUCGCCUUAACCAUAUGGACGAGUCCCAGUUGCUGGAAUUGAGCGGCGCAGUGCGCGCCAAGGCUGAGGCCUUGCGGUCAAGAAUCGAUUUCUUGAAACGGGAGCCGAUGAUGAAGGAGGAGGAAAACAGUAAUGAGAUGCUUGAUUUGGAAGACAUUUUUGAUCAAGAUGAAAUCUUGUCGAUGGCUGCGAACACCAAUGAUCAAUUUCCUGUGACGGACUUUUACUGCCCGCAGGCUUUGGCGAUGAUGGAAAAGGAGAAGAGCAACGACAAUGUGGUGCUUGAUUUGGUCGGUUUGGGAGGGAUUGUUGAUCAAGAUGUCAGCUUUUCUAUUGGGGAUGUUAUGGAUUUUGCGAGGGCCAAUGCUCCUCUGAAUCUGCCGCAAGAUUACACCUUUUCUGUUGCUGAUGUUAUGGCCAACGGUCAACUUCCGGCGGUGCCGCAGCCGUUCGUUGAUCACAAUUAUCUCAACUACGGCUACUGCUAUCCAUGGAUGGGAAUCAGAAUGUGA